AUAGACCUCAUUGAACUGCUGCUGAAGGAGGGAUCUUCCGUGGAUGAGAAGACAGACUAUGGUAUGACUCCACUACAACUCGCAGUUGAGGCUGGAAAUGUCAAGGCCAUCACCUAUUUACUGAAGAAAGGAGCUGACAUAGAUGCCAAGGAUGAAAAUAACCAAACCGCUCUGCACAAAGCUGCUGCAAAUGGAAAUAAGGAGAUCUUGCAGCUGCUACUAAACCAAAAUGCCACAGUGGAUGCUUCAGAUAGAAACCAGCUCACACCUUUGCACAGAGCUGCAGAAAGUGGAACAGUUGCUGCUCAACUGUUGUUGCAGUUUGGUGCUUUCAUUGACAGUAGAGAUCUACUACAAAUGACCCCUCUGCAUCAUGCUGCUUUCCAAGGUCAUGUGACAGUGGCUGGAGCUCUAAUUGAACAUGGAGCUGAUGUCCAUGCCAGAAACUGGAUGGAUAAGACUCCUUUACAUCUGGCUGCAGAGAAAGGCCACUGUCAUAUUGUACGGCUGUUGAUUAGUAAUGGGGCUGAUAUGCUAGCCAAAACCAAGUGGAAUGAAACAACAGCCAAUCUUGCCAUGGAGAGAAAUCACCAAAAGGUUGUUAAUGUCCUGAGACAACAAAGUAUAAAACAAUAAGAA